UCUUUGGCAUGCUGAAAAUUGUUACCCGUCAUUUUAAGACUUUUAGGUUGUUUCCAAAAGGUGAUAACAUCCGGAGAAUUCCAUCCUACGCACUGUAACACAUUAGCAUAUAUUAGCUCUAAGGGCUCUAUACGACUUAUUGAUUUGCGACAAUCAGCACUGUGUGAUAACCACUCAAUGUUGUUUGAGGAGCAUGAAGCACCAGGUUCGAGAUCUUUUUCCACUGAGAUCAUUGAGUCAAUUUCAGAUAUUAAAUUUGGAAAGAAUGGAAGACACAUUCUCAGUCGUGAUUACAUGCCUCUUAAGCUAUGGGAUAUAAGCAUGCACAGUGGUCCAGUUGCAACAUUCCAGGUCAAUGAAUAUUUAAGGCCGAAGGGGAAUACUAUUGACAAUUAUGUAUUUCAUUCUAAAUUUGUUAGUAACAUUGGAUGCUACACCUUUGAGUUUCUUCUUCUUUUUCUUUUUCAUUUUGAUAAUAAGUUGUAG